ACAUAUAGAAAGAAUUCGACAUUAAAUUUAAAUAUCCCGAAUCGGUUCGGUAACGAAGAAGAUUGGAAGGAUGAGAUGACUACCCUCACGCUCGCUUCCCCCACCGCUUCCCCCAGGAAUAAGCAGAGUACUGCACUGCCACAAGUUCAGCCUCUUCCUCCUCCCCACUGUUCCUUGCUUGAAAACAGUUCGCACACACUACGGCCUGUGCAGCCGUUCGGGCCUUCUGGUUUUAGCCAAGUCUCACUUCCCUCACUUCCUCCACAGCCAAGAAAUCAUUUCAAGAAAUCGCGAAUUCAGCGGAGCACGAAAAAAACGGCUAUGGGGGUUGGAAAAAAUGAGUUGAUAGCACCCCCGUUCCCAUGGGCCACUACACAGCCGGCCACCAUCCACAGCAUGAAAUAUUUGGUGGAAAAUAACAUUGUGAUGAUUGAAGGGGAGGUCGAGUGCAAGAGGUGCGACCGUAGGUUUCCGAUGGUGUUUGAUCUGCUAUCUAAAUAUCAAAGACUAGAGUCGUUCAUUGCCGAGGAGAAGAGCGUCAUGAACGAUCGGGCCCCGGCGUGUUGGCUCAACCCAAAUCUUCCAACCUGCUCGGUUUGCAAUGAAGCGGUCAGACCUGUCAUUGCUUCAAGGAAUGAGGAAAUCAACUGGCUCUUCUUGCUUCUGGGUCAGUUGCUGGGGUGUUGUAAGUUGAAUCAGCUUAAGUACUUUUGCAUGCAAUCAGAGAAUCAUCGCACUGGAGCUAAGGAUCGUGUUCUUUAUCUUACUUAUCUGGGUUUGUGUAAUCAACUCGUCCCUAAACCUCUUUAUGAUCCUCAUUCACGUUAAUUGAGGAGUAAUGUUAGUUGGUACUACACUGUUCUCUUGUCCUGAUCGGUCCAGUUUAAUUAUUAUUAGUUUCUUUGGUUUAUAAUAUGUUUUAGUAG